AUGAAGGAAGAUGAAACAUUUGGUGAAUUUUACACCAAAUUAAGUGAGAUUGGGAACUUUAUGCGAGGGCUUGGUGAGGGAGUCCCUGAAGUUAGAGUGGUUGAAAAAAUUCUUCAAUCACUUCCUCCACAUUUUGAGCCAAAGAUAAUUGCUGUUGAAGAAAGUAAGGAUGUAGAGCUACUGGAUGUCGAUGAAUUGGUAGGUUCUCUCACAACCUAUGAGAGCAUGAGAUUCUCUUCCAAAGCAAAGUGCAUUGCUUUGAAAACUUCCAAAAAGGAAAAGAAAGUGGUUCAUGAAGAAUCGAGUGUUGAUAAGUCUUCUGAUUCUAAACCAAUAGCUAUGCUAACUAAGAACUUCCACAAGUAUCUGAAGCUUGCUAAACAGGCUAGAAGAAGAUCAUCUGAGUUGCCAUCUAAAGGAGAAUCUCAGAAGGAUUCAAGAGUCAAAUGCUACAGUUGCAAGAAAACCCACUUUCCACAACGCUAUGAGUGUCAGGUUUCUGGUCACAUCCGGGCUGACUCUAGAAACUUGAAGAAUGCCAGGGGAAAUGCCAUGACUGCAUCAUCGAGUGAUGAAUCAGAGUCAAAUGACUCCGAUGACCAAAAAGGGAAGAAGGUUGUUUAUAUGGCAAUUCCAGCCACCAUUCAAGGUUUCAGUGAUCGUGCAUCUUUCUUGAUGAACAGAAUGGAUGGAAUUAAGGGAUCCAAAGAUGCCCAGAAAGAGGACUCUAUCAAUGAAUCCCCUUCUUCUAAAUUGAACACCAUUCGGAGCAUGCAAAUUCUAUUUGGUGAUAAACAUGAAAUUGGAUAUGAUCAAAAUGCCUCCACUUCAGGAAAUGCGAUAGCUUCGAAAAUUUGA